UCAAAGUUGUCUGUCAGUUUAGCAAAACAAUGCUGCUUACAUAAAGGCGCAGUGCAGCGAAAACUCUUUCAUUUAUUUCUUCUGAAGUCCCGGGAGUGACGUGCAAUCUAUUCGCUUCGAAAUUUUGGAAAAUUCUCGAUCCGAAGUUUCGCUGCUAACUUCACGCCGUGAAUGUGCUUGUCAGCUGUCACAACGGACCAGUUCUGCCAUUGACACUCAACUUCCACAAAUGGUGGUUUUCGAUGGCGCAAGAUGUGUUCAGCAAAAUGGCUGAGGAUCCUUGGUUAUUAAAUGAAGACGGCUACUUAAAUGCGGACACCGACAUCAAAGAGAUCAUCUACCACCCGACCCUGAACGUUAUCCUGAUAUGCACCAACAGUGGGAUCGUCCGAGUCCUGGACGUCAACUCGGGUGUUGUUCUCCAAUCCAGCUAUCUCUCAGCAAUAAACCAGAACGAAGUAACGUGCAAGUACAUUCCCGGUCAAGAUAGAGUGCUAUUUUGCGAUGGACAGGCCAUCGGAGUCAGGUCGGACUACAAUAGUGUUCUUUUACUCGACAGUAUUCUGCAGAAACCAGUAUCGGACGCGAAGAAGGAAAUCAAGCUGGAACUUCCCCUUUCAGAGGCCAUCAUCUUGAAGCAAAGCUUGACUUCGGCCAACGUUAGUGGAAUAGAACAUGUGAUAAACGAACUCACGGACGUGAUUCUCAACGCCCAGAAGCAGUCAAAGAAGGGCAUCAAAGCCCAAAAGUGGAACACGGUAUGCCUCCAACUCCCCCUAGACAUGCUCCAGAGCGCCGCGAUGAGCAGCGUUUCGGAACUACUACUAAAAAACCAACACACACCGGAACUGAGUGUUGCGUCAGCUGUGCAGGAACGUCUGUCUGAGCUAAGCGGUGAACAAGGAAGCGCUUCGGAUCGCAGAUCCAUGGCUAGCGAGGCUAAACGACGGGAGACGUUCUCGCACUGGCCGCACAUGGACUACAAAUGGGCCCUGCCCGACCAGAUGGCCCAGGCCGGCUUCUACCACCAGCCCAACGCGUCCGGCGACGACCGCGCCAUGUGCUUCACCUGCACCGUGUGCCUCGUCUGCUGGGAGCGCACCGACGAGCCCUGGAGCGAGCACGAGCGCCACUCCCCCAACUGUCCCUUCGUCAUGGGCGAGUACACCCAGAACGUGCCGCUGUCGGUGACGUACGCCACGAACCCGGCCAUCGACGCCACCUACCGCGGGGUCAACGUGCGCGUCCUCGGCACCUCGACCGUCAGCAGCCUGCUGCCGACGGCGAACGCCGAAGGCCUCAUCUCCGUCUUCGACAUCUCUGGCAAGAUCUGCAGGACGCACUCGUUCUUCGUGACGCAGUUCGACUCGCACAUCCUCGAGAAGUACACCCAGGACUUCGGGGUGCCCGGCACGUGGAGCGACGUCGACGAGGUCAAGUACCCGGCGGAGAAGAGGAUCACGGCGCUGUCGAUCGUCGGCGAUAGGAGCGGCUGCGCGGAGGCGGCGACCGCGCGACCGACCAUCAUCUGCGGCCUCCAGAUCCGGUGCAGGUCGAAAUACCAGUAUCCGGUGAUCGGGAGCUACGACGACCAGAACAAGAACUCGAUGGAGGUGGUGGACACGGCGACGACGUCCACGAACACCAGUUGCUUGUAUUUGGUGGUGUACGAUUUCAUGUAUAGUAAGGAGAAGGACGAAACGGAUAAGGAUAAGAAGGCGCCUGAGGUGACGACGGUGAGCGAACCGCCUCCGAAGAACGAAACGACGGACGAAAACCAGAAGAAUAGUAGCUAUCAUGUGGUGCACCCGGACGUCUUCGUCGAGCAUUUGUCGUCGAUUUAUAAGACGUUGAUUCCGGGAGAGAGCGACGAGGUGUUUUUGCCGCCUCCGAUGCUCGUGAAUAAACCCCAGCAGCACUCGGGGCCGCGUGUCCUUCCCAUCGACAUGCAGAUCUCCGAGACGGACGCCGCGCAAACCGAACCCUUCAUCAUCAACCAGGACUAUUCGUUCAUGAACGGACAACUAAGCAGUAUUCUGUCGGAGACGUUCGAGAAGAGCAUCUCCGACCACAUCACCGAGUUGAAAAACAGCAAGACUACGAAGAAGCUGAAUUAUAGUCGGGCGGUGCAGUGUGUUUCGUUGCCGGUUCAGUACAAGAACCGGUGUGACCUGGAGGUGUCCGAUAUAAUGGCGACGCAAGACGGACGGCACGUCCUCGUGGUCGUGAAGAGCUGCGCGGACGAGAAGAGCGCGUUGAUCACCUACGGGUUGGACUUUACGCAGAAGAUGGUGAAGCUCAUGGAGGAGCCAGUCUUAGUUAGAGAGUUAAACAAUAACGAGAAACCGGUGGAAGUCAACAUGCUACCGGUUAUUGACAAGCUGGGGGAUUUCGGCGAGAAGAACGGGGCUGUGGGGAACGUCGUCAUGGUGUGUGUGGACGGGGCGGUGCGAAUCGUCGAUCUAUCGAGCAUGAAGACCAUCUGCAUGGCUCAGCUAGAGAGCGAGAAAUUCGUAUCGGCGGCUUAUUGUAACAGUCUAGAACGUUUGUGCGCCUCUACGGAGCGCGGCUCUCUUCAUUUCUACGCCCUCAACGACACCGACAACGAAUCGUCCGAGGACCACGAGGACGACGAUCUCUUCGCCAUGGCUACUGACGGCGCCGUGCCCAACCCCUCGCAACCGGCGGAUUCGCUCGACGGGAGUGAGAUGACUCGGUGCUUCCACGACCCGCCCGAAAUCGUCGGUCUCGCCGACCUGAAGCGCCUCCACGCUCUGUGUCAGUUCGAGCCGCUGAAGGCGGGGUACUGCGCCGUGGUGCCGCCGUGCUGGAGCGAAAUCCAGCAGGCGCAGAGGCAGCGACGUUACCCGCAGAGUCUCAAGGCCGAUUGUGACCAGUACACUAAGACGUGGAGGCUGCAAACUGACACCACCACCUGGGACGAGCACAUCUUCGAGAUAACGUUGCCGAGUCCGAUGGCGCUGGGUCACGUGGACGUGCACUUCAGUCUCCAGUCGUCGACGGUGUCGCCGCACGUGGAGGUGACGCUGCUGCGACAAAACACCAGCGGGAUCGGGCACAAGAAGGACGUGAAGUUCGCCGUGGACGAGACCAUCACCAUAGACAUGUUGCAGCAGUGGGCCGACAACCCUGUGAUCAGUCAAGAGUACUUGAGGGCGCACAACGCGGAUAUUUUAGCGGGGCCGGUGAACAUAGCGACUUGUUUGGACUUGUCGGAGCAGUGCGGCGUGGUCACGUUGACGAGCCCCAAGUUGUUCAAGUCGAGGAACAGGACUUUGCUUUUGCACAUCCGCGCGGUUUAUUCGAAGGAGGAGGCGAACAAUAAAGCGGGUUCGAAGGGGAAACGGGCCGAGAGCAAGGAGAAGUCGGGUCAGUGCGCCUCCCACAAGAACGAGUUUUACAUGGGUUGUGAUUGCAUUCACGAGUUGAGUGUUACGGUGUACAGUUCCAAGCACACGGAGGUUCCUCACGAACGGACUCAGAGGAACCUCAUGUUGGAGUCGAACGCGUUCGUGCAGAGUUUGUUGUUGACGGCGAUGAACAAUUCAUCGAACGAGGUGGUGACGUUGUCGUUGGACGUGCUGAAUUGGAUCGCCUCGAUUCGGCUGAUACGGAACAGGAGCAACAACGGCGAGGUGCCGAACCAGCAGAUGGAGUUCCUCUAUGUCAUCGAGUACAACCUGGCGAAGUUGCUGCAGCAGUGUUUGCUCCUAGGUGAGAGAAGCGUGGCGCACAAGUGCAUGAAGCUGGUGGAAGUCUGCUGCAACGGCGCUAAAAACAUGAACGAAUCCAGCCGCUCCCGCUUCGAAUUCAACAUCCUCAAGGCGCUUCUUUCGCUUCUGAAUACUAUAACCGAGGUGCGCUCUCCCGGCGGCCUUCAGUGGAUAUUCGCCCUCCUCCUCAAAGUCACGUCGAAGAACGCCCACUACGUCGCCACCAAGUGCGUCACUCUCUUAAACAAAAUGUCCGAGGAGCUGGAGAGCCGGACUAACCCGUACCAUUUGCUGCUUCGCAGUCGGUACGGCCUCUACGGUACGCCCCUCGAGCUCGAGCUCUUCGACAUAGAGCCACCUCCGUACGCCAAGAGCAGCAGCACUUACGUGACGUACGCGUCCGCGGUGGCCGGCGACAACGCCAACCAAGGCGCCGACUUCUUCGACACGUACUCGUUCAACAAAGAGAGCAUUAACCCCAAGGACGUGCUGUCCGGCACCGAGACCAAGCUGAAGUGGCGCAACCUCGCGCCCCCCAAGAUCUAUAGAGGCUUGAUCGAGACCGAGUGCCUUCACUUCACUUGCGUCUCGGCGAGCGAAGGGACGCGGCUCGAGAGAGCCGACGCCUCCAACAGCAUAGUCAUAAACGAGAUUCCGUUCUCGAUGACGCCGUUCCACGGACAAGGUUCGUUCAACAAGCUGGACGCCAACACGAUUAAACAAUUGGCUGAUAUCAUUACAGAAGACUCGUCGGUCGCGUCGAAAGAGUUCAAGUCGAGCGCGAACUCGCAAGCGACCACGUCGGGGGCGGUGAAUUGGGAGGAUAACGAUUAUCAGGUGUUCAUCGGGGGGCUGCCGGUGGACGUGGGGAACCAUUUGUUGAAGAAGCUGGACUCGAUGUACCAGGAUCUGAAGACGAUGGAGAACAAGAACAGCGCGAUGAAGAACAUCUGGCAGCCGGAGAGUCUGCUGUCGUCUCCCAGCAGUAACAGUUUGCCCUGGCAACACUUAUUAGUAACGCCACCACAACAAGUUAUAGUUGUAGAGAGAAUGCACUCGGGAGCGCGGAGGUUCGUCACGCUGGACUUCGGUCAGCCGGUGCUGCUGACGGACAUACUGCUGCCGGCGUGCAACGACCUGGUGUCGGUGAGCAUCGACAUCUGGCUGAAGAGCGAGGACGUGGACGGGACGCGGCUGGUGGUGGCGUCGGACAUCGGCUCGAGGAACCUGGUGCUGAACGACCUCCAGCCGCCGCCGCUGUGCCGAUACAUGAAGAUUACUACGGUUGGUCGGUACGGGAUGACCACAGCCCGCUGCCGAAUCCCCACCGGGUAUUUCUACGGACACGUGGUGGUCCUCCCCGAGGAGGUCCCCCCAGACUUGGCGCAAAGCGCCACCAGCUUGGCCUGUACGGACCUGGAGAAACAGCUCACCAUCUUGUCUAAACUCUUCGAGGACAUCAGCUGCAGGUACAGUUUGGCGUGUUCCAAACUCAAAGAAUUGUUGAGGCCUUUCUUGGUCGCCGACAUGAAGAACGCGUCACACUUGGCCACUUACAUGAACAUAAUGAGAGACAAAGUGCUCAACACCAGCAACCCUGAACAUAGUAAAAUCUUCAGUGCCUAUCAAGAGUCUAUAACGUAUCAGCGUCAAUUAAAUACAGUUAGGAACGUGAUGAACCGCCUGGAAAGUAGUAUUAAUAAAGCACCAGUGGUGCAGAAGACUGGUAAAGAUAUCCCGAAUACGUCGACUGAUAAGUUGAGGGCCAUCGCCGAAGGUUUACUCGAGGUGCUUUUGACAAUCGACACCACCAUUGACGUAGAUCCCGUUACUUGUCGCAAACUCUUCCAAGGGUUGUGCGUGUCGCAAGCUUCACGUUUGCAACUACUAGCGGCAAUCUUCUUAGACAAAUCCUGUCGGACGAAAAACUACUGGGGCAACUUCCUCGCCGAUACCUUGACGGAGAUGUUCGCCACAUCCAACACCGUGAAAUUCCCCCAAGAUCGCGUGUUCAUCCUCCUGGCGUACUUGAGCCGAAGGAGUCCCGAACGAAGCGCGAUCAUCGACGCCGGUCUCAGAGUGGUCUCGCAAACUCUGAGCCCUCUCACCGACAAUCGCCAGAAUUUACUAGCGGUUUCCGUGGACUUGCCUCUCUUAUCGUGGCUGCUGAUGUACCUCUCGCUCCAACUCGACUUAAGUAAAGGUAGCCUCCAAUCCGCCACCAGGUGGGACUGGGUGUUCGGAGAAAUCGUCGGUAAGGCGAACGCCGAAAACUCGAAAAUCAACAGUCGCAAGAAAUGCUACAAACGGAUGAACAAACAACAAAUCGAGAACCUGGACGCCGCCCAGAAACUCGUACAAUCGUCCGCUCAGGUACAGGCGCUGUCCACCCUGUCCAAUCACGCCGCGUGUCUGACGUCGAAACUCGACGCCGCCUUGAAAACGCAGCAGUUUUUGAUGAAGAAGGUCAAGUAUAAAUUUAUGGAUAUGAAAAACGCGACUACGGAGGGUCCCCUAGCUGCUAAGAAGCUGAAGGAGACGACGUCCGCCGAACCCCCGGUGGAGAAACCCACCGAGAAGAAGAUGCCGCAACAUAUCGACGUCACGCACUGCUUGGCCGUGGCCAAGGGGUUGCUGACGCUGGUGCUGUCCAUGGACCACUCGAGCAGCGCCGACAUGUUGCUGCUCUCCUUCAAGGUGAUGGCGCGCCUCGUCAGCAUGGCCAAGAUCAAACUAGGCCAACUCAUGAACCAAGAGCAGCUCCUCAACCUCAUCAGGUUCUGUCUAGCGUCGAAAAUCCCGUGGGCCCCUCACGCCCUCGCUUGCCUCCUCCAAGACAUAAUGGAAAACGAAACCGAAAUCGAAAACGGCGCCUCCACCAGCUGGGCAAGCAACGACUUUCUCUCGGACGUGGCAAACCUGUGCGAAUUCACCGACGACGAGACCUUCGUCCCCGAACCGGUGAUCCCCCUCACCAUGAAAACGAACAACCAACUACCAUCCGUGUACGAGUCCGACGACUCCGACCUCGAGGAGAUCGUCGACGGCUUUCUAGACAAGGAAUCGACCACUUCGUCGAAGAAGACACCCAAACCCACCAGUCACACUCACACCACGAAUUCAGUCGCGCUAGAUUCGCGUCUCGAUCUCAGCGUGGACGCCUCCGCCGAGAUUUCACUACGUAAACUCAUCAACAAGAACACUCAAGGGUUGCUGCAGAACGUGAACGCGCCCAUCCUCACCGAAGAGAGCGAGGACGCGCUGACGCCGUGGCCGACUGUGAUAAUGCCCUUCCAACCGGAGUCGCUCCUAGGAAACACGUCGAUGUUAACACAAUGCUUUGAUUCGCUCUUCGAGAAUCUCCAGCUGCAGGACUCGUCGAACAUCGAGCACAUUUUGCAGUUGUGGCUGACCUUGAAUUGUCCGUACAAAGACGAUAAGUUUGACCCGUCUGCGGUGCCGCAGAUCGUCCUCAAGGAGAACGCGGUGAAGUCGCUCAUCUCCGCCAUCGCGUGGGCCCCGGGGUUGUCCCUCAUCACCUGGUGCGUCGCCUUGCAGACUCUCACUCUGGUUUGCAACAGUAACAACUCGUCGGAGUCCAACUUGUACUGGUCCGACUCCCACGGGAUGGCGUCGUGCAUCGUGAACCACCCGGAUUUCGUGCAAGUCUUCAUGCGCUUGUUGUCGGGGACGGGACUCACCUUCAUCGACAAGGUUUUGGCGGGUCCGUCGCUUUGUAGAGCUCUGAACGACUUCCUCGAUCGUCUGUUGAUGAGGUGCUACGUGGAGAACCCGAGGAGCAAAACCGGGAAGCUCUUGAAGACGUUGUUGUUGAAGAUCGUGCAUCAGCUGGUGCAGCCGGUGGGACCGAUCGCUCUACGACAAGGACCCUUGGACGUGCAGUGUAAACUGUUGAAGUCGAUGUUGGACGUGGACUACUCGAACGCGGACAUGACCAUCGCCAUGAGUAUUUUCGAGAGUACGGGAGUCCUGGUGCAUUCGUAUUUCGUCAACGUGGAUAAAAUCAAGUGUAUUAAUAUCGGGGAGAAGCACAACGUGGUCACGACGACGUUCAACGAGAUCUUCGCCUGCGUAAUGGGGUCGGAUCCGAUCAAAAUGGACCUGCAGGUCUCCACCGACGUGCUGUUUUUGCGCUUGCUCAAGUUUCUAGGGAAACUAGUACAAACGCAAUUCCGGCAAGGAAAUGACCAACCCGAAGCCAUGGACGUGGAGCCGCUGGCUUCAUCGCAGACCGACGAAAGCAAAGCCGAGCAAAUCCACCAGGACACGAUGCGCAACCGCGGCGAGAACUUCGCCGACGUGGUUCUCCAGCACCAGCCUAGCGUCAUUCGUUUGUGUCAGUCCCUAGCGGCCUGCAAAUCUUCGUCGUUGUGCAUGUUGGCCAACGUCUCGCAGAAGGCGGCGUUUUCGAACUUGAGCGAACCGAGCAACGUCGGAGACGCCGUUUUCCACGUGUUGGCCCUCCUGGCCAAGAGGACGUCCGACAAGAAGUUGAUGUUGCCGCCUCUGCUGCAGUUCUUGUCGCAUGCGCCACAAUUGAGCGAACCUCUGUUGUGGUUCAUUCUUCAGGUCUUGAACACCGAGGAUGCCAUCAGGAAUUUUUUGACGGCUGGCGGAAUCGAGAUCGUGGGGCGCAGCUUCGUCACGAGCAGCAACACGCCGAACACGAUCUCCAAAUCGGGGACUAUUUCCAUAGUCAUGCAGCACUUCAGCGGGAUCAACCCCACUUCGGAUGCCAACACGGCGAUUGCGUCGGCGUCGGCGUCGAGGAAACUGCAGCAGGCUACUAUUGAGAAUAAGCUGUCGUUGGUUAAUUUUGCGCCGUGUUGUACCAUCAGUUGCCCUUCUGGGACGGCGCAGCCUGCUGAAGUCCUCAUCCAGGGAACGGCGGCCACCCACCGCCGCGCCCGCACCCCUCAAUGGAGCUACCACUUCUACCCCGACGAAGCCCACACCGAGCUCACUCUGCAGCUCCCGAGCGCUAUUCUCCUGCGCGAGGUGCACCUGCAGCCACAUUUAAGCGCUCUGGCGACGUGUCCGUCGGCGGUGGCGUUGGAGGUGUCCGCCAACGGUCCCUCUCGUCUCGUCCCCGUGUGUCCGCCACUUCCCACUAGCGGGAUGGUCUUCAUCAGACUCCACCUCCCCGUCCCCGAGGUGGUCAACUGCGUCCUGAUUCGUUUGUACAGACCCAGAGACGCCAAUAAUAUCGGUUUGUCGCAGAUCCGUCUCCUGGGGAAUCUAGCUUUCGGGGGGAACACCAAUCAGAACUUGUCGGACCCGGUGGAGGACGAAUCGCACUGCCGCCAUAGCUUGGGUUGGUUGCGACUCCUCCACCACUGUUUUACAUUGCCGAUCGAGCAGGACCUGUCGAAACAAGUGAUAGCGUGCGCGUCUGCCGUUCCUAGAUUGUUGAGUGCUUGUUGCGAGUUGUUGUUGGUGCCGUCGCACGUGCUUCCUAUUUAUUUGCCCUGUUUGGAGAAGGUUUUGCGCGAGUUGAGUUUACACAGUCUGGAGAACGGUAACACGGCGAUUAAGAUCCUCUUGAAUAGUAGAUCGAGCAUCAUCGAGCCUUUGAAUUUCGCGGAUAACGCGUGGCAGGACAGGUUGCUGAUCAACGCCACGGGAUAUCAGUCAGCGUGCGAGCUUCUGUACCAGAUUUGCGAGCACCAGGACACGGACACCUUCUACAGGGUGAGGAUGAUGUUGGAGUGGUUGCAGAGCGUGGCGUUCGAGGCCAUGCAGACGGGGAAGACGCAGUGCUGCAACCCCGCGUACAUAUCGAGCAUAGCGUCAAUCCUAUGGUCGGCCAAUCAAGCCCGCGUCACCUACGACCUCUCCUCCAUGAUUACGUUGGACCUCUUCGACACGAUCUACAACCUCAAGACCUGCGUGGAGAACAACAUCGCGCUCAAAUACUCCCUCGAUUCUUUGUUGUGCAGUUUGUGCUACAUCCGCCCCGAACUCUUCCCCGUUCUCCUGCAGCGCAUCGGCGUGUUGGUUCCGAACUUGUCCACCGACCACGGUGCUUCGAUUUCCGACGACCGGAAAGACUCGGAAAGCAUGACGGACGACAACAAGCAGACGUUCGAGUUGGACUCGGAGUGGUACGGCCACCUCGUCAUGGGCGAACUGUCCAAGUUGAGCUUGUCGAACGAACAGCUGGAGACGGUGGCGCUGGUGAGCCGGUCGCCGUCCGCCAUCCAACAACUCCUGGACUCCGGGUUGCCGAAGAUGCUAAACAGUGCCAUAUUCGAAUUCUGUACGUCGAACGAAGACAACUCCGUUCCGAUGGCGAAACUCGAGAACGUCACCGCUAUUUUGAAGUUCUUCACGGACGUGAGUGACGAGAAGACGAUGCGGGAUUGGUUAGGGUCGUCGGACGGGUCGUCCUUCUGGCUCGAAUUGCUCAAUUGGCUGUGUAAGAAACCCUUCAUGAAGAAGUCGAAUCUUCAGUCGGAAGCGCACGCGCAGUUGGAGGAGGUUUGCGUCAAGUUUCUGUCCAAGUGUUGCCUCUGCCACCCCCAGAACCAAGCUCGCCUGGCCACCGUCCUCUGCAAAGUCAUAGAUCUGCAAAGCAACGGAAUCUCGGGCUUCAUGCGUCGCCUCACCCUCCAGCUGCUCCUAGAAAACGAAAAAAUCCCCGUCAGUAUUAAAGCGGACGAGACCCUCUACAAGAGCGUCAAGCUGACGCAAGCCUACCUCCCGGUGCACCCCGCCUUCAAGCAAACCUACAACCGCGCCCUCCUCUACUUGAGCACCAACACCACCCUCGCCGACAUCCUCGAGCAACACAUCUACUUCAACACCACCUACAAGAUGGAAAGCAACAACUCGACGAAGCGCUCCCUGCUCAGCAAGAAGGACCUCUUCAAGGGUUGGUUCCCGGAGGACUCGGACCUGAGCAUGGCCGCGGGUGUUACAGCCAAAGAUAAACGUGCCAAAGAUGCCAAAAACCAGGCCGUGUCGACGCCGCAGUCCAAGAAGAAGCGGUACACGGCGACGGAGAACCUCAACGGCGGCGACGUCAUCGGGGGGCGGCUGAUCAAGUGCGAGUCGUACUCGGACCAGCCGCUGCCGCUCAGUCUCAACCUGGGGCAGCUGCUGCGGCUGAUCGAGACCAAGGGGACGACGCCGGACUGGCCGUGCGUGCACCUGGUGGUGUGCCAGAACAAAAAUGGUGAUAAAAAGAGCGAGAGUAGCGACGUAGAUUCUAGCGUGUACCAACAACAACCCUUCAGUAGUGCCUUACAAGUGUUCAGUUCGAUGGGCGGGUUGGCGCUACUGGCGCGGCAUCUGCCGACCGUCUAUCCGGAGGCGGUCAGGCCGCCUCCGAAGGAGAAGACAACGUCCGAGCAGUCGGAUUCCGAGUGGAUCAAAGUCGAGGAUUGCGACGACAUCUACGAAGACGUCGAAGAAACAGUCGGGACCAGUUCACCUUCAAAGUCAUCCGGACUCAUUUCAAAUGUUCCAGCUCAUUCUCUCACUGCCUUUGGGCUUUUCUUAAGACUGCCGGGUUACGCCGAGGUCCUUCUCAAGGAUAUGAAGAAAGCUCUCUGCCUCCUGCGAUUAGUUUUAGGUGUCACUGACGACGGCGAAGGUGGCGACAUCUUCCAGUCACCCAUCGCCGAUUCUCUACCCACAUUGCCUUUCGAAGUCCUGCGCAAGCUCUACGACGCCACGCCCCUGAGCACCGACGACGGUCGACUCCUCAGACGCAUCAGUAUUAACACCGGCGUCGUCCACCUGCUCUUGGCCUGUCUGGGGAUUUUCACGCACCAGACGCAGAACAACAACGACAAGGACGGCCAGAAGGACUCGAAGAGCAAAGAGGAGCGUUCGCAGCUGUAUUGGGCGAAAGGGACCGGUUUCGGAACCGGAUCGACCCAACAAAGCUGGAACGUGGAGCAGGCGUUGCUCAAGCAAAGGAGCGAAGAGGAACACGUCACCGUUCUCCUGCAGGUCUUAGCUAGUUACGUUAGCCCCAACGGAGAGGCCGUCGACGAACUGAUGGAGGACGUGUUGCCGCCGUCUUUCCACGACCUUUUAGCGAAUAGCUCGCUGCUGCCGGCGCUCAGCUCGUAUUUGAGGAACGAUUCAGUUUUGGAUAUGGCUAGGCACAUCCCCUUGUACAGAGCGGCACUGCAGCUGCUGCGAGCCCUAGCAACGAGUUCGCAGCUAGUGGACUUGUUGCUACCGCAAAAGUCGCGGAUUAACGAACCCUCAAUUAGUUCCUUGUUGAAGAACAUGAAGACUUGUGUAGACACUUACGCCUCUAAAUUAAGACUUAACACAAAAACUAACGCUAAAUUCAAAACGAAACUCCGGGAACAACUAGAAGAACUCGAACAAGGCGAAGGCUUGGCGACUUUAAUGCCCGAUAUCCAGGACACGGCCAAUUUGGUGUCUAAAGUAACGAGCGGCCUCAUAGAUUCGGACCAAGACAGCGAAGGUGACACGCCUAUGGAUCGACUAAGCGCCGCCUCUUUGGAGGAGAAGUAUCUGAAAAUCAUGAAGGGCUUACAGUUUGGUUCCUACGAGAUGAUCUCCGAGCUCCCCGAAGGCGGCCUCAAGUUCGUCGUCUCGCACCACUUCGAGAGCAACGCCAAGUCCACCGGCGAGCAGUCGCACCCGGCCCGAGUCAAGCGCAUCGCCCAGGAAGCCGUGACGCUCUCCACCAGCUUGCCCUUGAGCUACAGCAGCUCGGUGUUCGUGCGUUACGACACCUCCCGCCUCGACGUGAUGAAGGUGCUCAUCACCGGCCCGGCCGACACCCCCUACGCCAACGGCUGCUUCGAGCUGGACGUCUUCUUCCCGCCCGACUACCCCCUGUCUCCUAUGAUGAUCAACCUGGAGACCACCGGCCACCACACCAUCCGCUUCAACCCGAACCUGUACAACGACGGCAAAGUCUGCCUGUCGGUGCUCAACACGUGGCACGGGCGGCCCGAGGAGAAGUGGAACGCGCAGACGUCGAGCUUCCUCCAGGUGCUGGUGUCGAUCCAGAGUCUCAUUUUGGUGCCGGAGCCCUACUUCAACGAGCCGGGGUACGAGCGCUCGCGAGGCACGCCGGCGGGCACGCAGAGCUCGCGGGAGUACAACGCGAACAUCUGCCAAGCCACGGUGCGGUGGGCCAUGCUGGAGCAGAUCUUGAACCCGUGUCUGUGCUUCAAGGAGAUCAUCCACACGCACUUUUACCUGAAGCGGAACGAGAUCAUCGCGCAGGUGGAAGGGUGGCUCAAGGACCUGGAGAGCGACAUCACGGAGAAGAGGAUAUCGAGGAGCGCGAACAAGCGCUCGCCGUCGGCGAACAUCGACAGCUUCAAGAAGAUCUUCCAGCAGCUGAAGGAGCAGCUGAUGAAGCUGAAACCGCCGGAGGGCGUGGCGGAGGAGGAGACGCCCACGAAGAUGGACAGCACGAGCAACGGGGUGGACGAGCACCAGGAGAUCGACGCGGAUAUCGACAUGGAGAAGAUGGUCAAAGAGAUGUGCGAGUUCGACGCGACAUAGAGCUGUUUGCAUUUAAUUUGUUUUUUUACCAAAAUUAGACAAUACAUUUUUACAAAUUCCCAAGUAUUUCGGUAUUCUAUUAAAUCUGAGUUUGUAUUAUAAUUUAAUGUAAAGAACUGCAUGACUGAUGAGGGAGACGUGGUUACCAGUUUCUUGUGUCAUAAGUGAUUUUUUACAGUGAUCAUGUGUAAAAAUUUAUUUUGUAUUAUGUAAAUUUCUUUCAGUUAAAUUUACUGUUAAGACACAAAUGUGAUUUAAGAAUGAAUAAAGUAAUUUUGUUUU